AGGAUAGGAGACACGGUAUACGAGACGAUAUUCGCAGAGACGCCUGAAGAUUAUACGAAGAGCCACAGAGAAGACACGUGAAGAGACGCAAGAUAUAUACUCCGUACAGAGACAGACAGACAGAGGAGACCGAGACCGCUGAGACACACAGCAAGUGAUGGAUAUAGACGCAGGACGGGCCUUAUAGAACAUCGACCCCUUCCCAUAUCUCGAUCCUCGCUCCUUGCUCCUCCCACCGUAGAGCUUAGUCCCUAUCCGCCUGGCCUCCCUGCCUCUCCUUGGUCUUCCCACCGCUCGAACAACACCCAAUCCAUCCCGACGGUUCUCGGUCCUUCCCUGGUAGUCCUACCAUCAUCAUGACGGCGGAAACAGACAACAAGUCGGCCUACGCCUCGACCUCUGCCAGAUGGCGCGCAAUCGUCAACCGGGACGCCGCUGCCACCGGGUUUGUGUACGGGGUGCGGACGACCAAGAUCUAUUGUCGCCCCCGCUGCCCUGCCCGUCUCGCCCGCCGUGCCAACGUCGAGUUUUACGACACGCCUCUCCUGGCCGAGAAGGCGGGAUACCGCCCUUGUAAGCGGUGUAAGCCCGAAGACGUGCGCGCGCCUACCGAUCCGCACAUCAGGCUGGCCCAGCGGGCGUGCGAGACCAUGACGCUGGCUGCUCUGGCCGGCGGAGACAAGCAGCGGCCAACCCUGUCAGAUUUGUCUGGCGAGGCCGGUCUGACCCCCAGCCACUUCCACCGCGUCUUCAAGAAGGUCGUCGGGGUGACGCCAGGCAAGUUUGCACGGGAGCUGAUGGAGCGGAAGUCGUUGGGUAAAGUUAUGGUGCCCAGCGGUAUCAAUGCGAGGAUAUGUUGGCCGCCACCUCAUCUGGCUCCCCUGGUUGGCAUGAGCAGCCCCGUGCAGGACAGUAAUAAUAAUAAUGCAUCCUCGUUGGAGCCACAGGUCCAGACUCCCCCUCUUGGCGACUGUGACAUCGAUCAGAUAAUAGGGCAAGGAUAUAGUGAUCCGCAGGCCGUGGGUCCGAUCAACUGGAACGAAUUCGAUCUCAUGUUAGCUGCAGCAUCGGAUCCAAGACAACAACAACAGCAACAACAGCAGCAGCAACAACAACAACAACAACAACACCAUCAUCACCACCACCAGCAACAUAUAAACUUCUCUCGUCCACCAACUUCCACACCUGCCUCCACUGCUGCCGCUGCUUCUGUCACCACCUCGUCGUCGCCUGCCGUCGGAGGAGGUAGUGGUAUCUGUAUGCCGCAGACAACGGCGUCACACUCGUUUGACCCAAACUCACUCAACAACAUCCAGUCCAUGCUGACUCUCGACCCCAACUCAACGUCGAACAUCAACUUCGCCCAGUACAUGGCCGAACCCAUCGACUUCUCCCCCAUGAACCCUCCCACCACCACAAAUAGCAGCACCAACACCACUACCGGCCACAGUCCGCCCGACACCUUCGCCCACCCAACUCCCAGCCCUACAUCUGUCCCUUCCCUGUAUUCCCAGCAGUCCAUCUCGCCCACUGACUCACCUCUGAUGUUCGACUCCUACACUAGUCUUACCGGCUCCUGGCCCCCCUUGCUGUUCGAGGACACCGACUGGCUGGACAGUCAGGUCCUGCUCCCCGCCAGACUACAACAAGUCUAGACUUCUUGUGCCAGGUCGUAAGCAGCAUCAA